CUCCCUGUUGCCCCAGAUCGAAACCUUGUCUCAAUUUCACCACAUCGCAGCACUUCUGUAUGUGUAAGCAUAUUGUGCUAGCUUCUUGUUUAGCAUGGUGAUCCCUGGGUGCAGGACAGGCUAGACUGGAAAAGUCAGAGAUACCAUUUCAUCCUUCAGUAACCAAAUAGACCUGAGCGCACUCUGCCUCCUGCUGACAAACCUACCGAUCUUUAGCCUGGAAAGAGAUGUGCUAACUUCCUUGUUAGGUCUGCAAGAAGAGCACGUGACAUAAAGGAAGAUGGUAUCUCUAACCUCUGGAAAACAGCGUUCUUACAUAGCCACCAUUCCACUGUUACUUGCUGCUGCCUUCAUUGUUGCUGUACACAGUGAUUGUGAUGAGCCACCACGUUUUCAUUUUGCUGAGCUAAAGGAAGAGUAUAGAAAUCGGAGUAAGUUUGCUGUUAAUAGCAAAGUGGAGUACAGCUGUCGCUCAGGUUAUUCCAAGGUACAGAAGUCCAUUCUUCGUUGCACGUCAUAUUCUCAAUGGUCAGACGCCACAGAGUUUUGCAGGGCAAAAUCAUGCCGUCACCCUGGAGAGCCAGAAAAUGGCAGACUUGUUAUUCUAUCAGAUCUCACGUUUGGUGCAACAGUAAAGUUCAUCUGUGAAGAGGGGUACAGACUAAUUGGACAUGCAGAAAUAAAAUGUGUGCUUGAAGGAUCACAGGUUACAUGGGACAGAGAUAUUCCAUACUGUCAAGUGAUACCUUGCCUGCCUCCUCCAAAAAUAGAGCACGGGACACAUACUGGGACAACGAUGGAGGAAUUCAACUAUGGGACAUCUGUCACUUACCAGUGUGACACUGUAGAAAGGGGACAGGUUCCUUUCUCACUUAUUGGAGAACCCUCCAUUCACUGUACAUCCACGGAUAAUGUAAAUGGAGACUGGAGCGGGCCUGCCCCAGAAUGUAAAGUUGUUCGCUGUUACCCGCCAAAAGUUGCCUAUGGAAAACAGAUGACUGGAUAUAGUCCUGUAUACACCUACAGAGCCUCCGUUCUGUUUGAGUGUGAACACCGCUACACCCUCAAAGGCAGUAACAUACUUCAUUGCAAUGAAAAUGGUGAAUGGGAUCCUCAGUCACCAGUUUGUGAGCUAAGUAGCUGUGAUGAUCCACCUUACAUUAGUAAUACUUUUCGAGAUCAUUCUAACAGCAACUUGUUUCCGGCUGGGACUGUAGUGAAAUAUAACUGUGUGGGAGGUUAUGAGUUAAUCCCUGGAAUAUCCUCUGCAAGUGUUACCUGUCAAAAAGAUUUUACAUGGUCUGAACAGCAAGAAUUUUGUCAAAGAAUUAGUUGUCCAUCUCCAGACAUUCGCAAUGGAACAGCGAGACCUAGAAAAGAACUCUAUGUGUAUGAGGACAAGAUUCACAUUGAAUGUGAUCGCGGUUACGCCCUCAAAGACAACUAUGGAUUGAUGAAGUGUGAACGUAAUGGUGCAUGGCAUCCUCCGUUACCAAUUUGCGAACCAGCUUGUGAGCCACCUGAACGCAUCUCUAAUGGAUGGGACGACCGCGGCUGGAGAAAUGUUUUCCUUGUUGGCUCAAGUGUGAGCUACUCCUGUAACCGUGGUUGGUCACUUGUUGGAGUAUCCUCCAUUCGAUGUACAGCUGGUGAUGGGGGAACUCCGCGCUGGGAUGCCCCUGCCCCUGAGUGCAAAGCUUGUGAGCCACCUGAACGCAUCUCUAAUGGAUGGGACGACCGCGGCUGGAGAAAUGUUUUCCUUGUGGGCUCAAGUGUGAGCUACUCCUGUAACCGUGGUUGGUCACUUGUUGGAGUAUCCUCCAUUCGAUGUACAGCUGGUGAUGGGGGAACUCCGCGCUGGGAUGCCCCUGCCCCUGAGUGCAAAGAGAUUCCUCGUUGUCCAAACCCAGUGAUUGAAAAUGGAAAACAGAUCUCUAUACGUGAAACUGAAUAUACAGUUGGAAACCAAGUUGAGUUCCAGUGUGAAUCUGGCUACAUCCUCAAAGGCAGCAAGUCGAUCGAAUGCCAGACAAAUGGGAAGUGGGAUCCCCCAGUGCCAUCUUGUAUUAAGGUUGGGUGUCCAAAGCCAGAUGUGCAAAAUGGAGGAAUGGUCGUUGCGUUAGAUGAAAAAGAGUGGUACGACAUGAAUGAAAACAUUACUUUCAAAUGCUUUCCUGGGUACCAAUUUUCAGACCUUUGGUAUCAGUCUGCAACAGACAGUUUGGCUAUUACAUGUUCAACUGAUGGCACCUGGACGGUGUUACCCAAGUGUGAGAAACAAAUCAAUUCUCCUCUGUGUAACAUGGUUCGCGAAAGUGUAAAGUUUCUCCACUGCGGUCUAUCUCUGGCAGAACUGAGAACCCAUCUGGAAGCACAGAAACUGUAUCUGGAGAUUCAGAAACUUAAGCGAGGCCUACAAAAAUACAAGGAAUAGCUGAAAUCUGUGACCCAUUACUGUGACAAACUGUCUCCUUUGGAUUCAGUUUGUAUAAUUACUUUGUACAUAUGAUGAUUGUUACUAUUUGCAGAGAACUUGCUAGUACGUCUAGUGAUCCAGGAAGAGAUUAGCCAGUACCUCAGGAAUCAGAUAUUUUUCAUGCUGUGUGCCAGUGAUUAAGUUUGGGUUUUUUUGUUUUUUCCUUUCAGUCUCUCAAAUGUAAGUCCCUACUUGAUAAACUAGGGAUUUGAUCCUCUUAUAUGUUUGUGGGGGCUAUAGUAAAAGGAUUGAAUUCAGACUCCUUUCGGUUCGGAAAGGGAAAGCAAGUUGGCAGAAACUAGAUUAAAAUGUACGGAAGUAAAUCCUCAGUUGAUGCAAGCUUCAGACCCUAUGCAGAAUACGCCAACAGCCUUGAGCUUUCAGAAAUCAUCCAACUGUUGCAUAUAUUUAACCUUAAUGCAUUAUAACCCAAACAUAUUUAAAGUAGCGAAUGACUAUUUAACUGCCUGAUUUCCAUGAACCUUAAGGGCAUCUCUGUUCAGAAAUCCCUCUGCCCCACUGAAGAUGUAAAGGUUAAAAAAGCCAAUUUCUGCCCUAUCCUCUUAUUUAAAAAGUCGGCAGUUUUUUCCUUCCCAAACUGAGCAAAUCUAUUUUUGGUUGACAGUGCUGAUCUCAUCUGUAGCAUUUCUAUAUCCUCUCACACACUCCCACGAAUCAAUGGUGAAAAUUUAACUGUAGACAGCAACUCACUAAGCAUUUCUCCAUUGCCCAGUGAAUGAUAGGGGUGUCCUCUAACCUACGCCUUUGUGAUCAAGCAAUUAUUUCUGCCCUGCAGGGCUACAAUAAAGUGCAAUGUAAAAACUG